AUGUCCCCAAAGCUACCUUCACAUCUAUUCCCUUACCUCAUCUUACUAACACUUGCAUCCAUUUAUCUCUUCUCUUCUCUCAUCUCUCUCCACACACCCUCUUCUUCAACCUCACAAUCACUUUCAAUCUCCAACUGCAACUUCUUCAAAGGCAAAUGGGUUUUCGAUCCAAAUCACACCCCACUCUACGACGACGCGUGUCCCUUCCAUCGAAACACAUGGAAUUACAUCAGAAACCAAAGGGAAAAUCUGAGCUUGAUCAAUUCGUGGAAAUGGGUUCCACGUGGCUGCCAUUUGCCUCGGAUCGACCCGUUUCAGUUUCUUGGUGUGAUGAGAAAUAACAACGUUGGGUUUGUUGGGGAUUCGCUCAAUGAGAAUUUCUUGGUUUCGUUUUUGUGUAUUCUUAGGGUUGCUGAUGAGGGUGCACGGAAGUGGAAAAAGAAGGGUGCUUGGAGAGGUGCUUAUUUUCCCAAAUUCAAUGUCACUGUUGCUUAUCAUCGUGCGGUCUUGCUCUCCAAAUAUCAGUGGCAGCCAAAGCAACCUGAAGCUGGGAUACAAGAUGGGUCAGAAGGUAUUCAUCGAGUUGACGUUGAUGUUCCUGCAGAUGAAUGGGCUGAGAUUGCAGGUUUCUAUGAUGUCAUGCUGUUUAAUACUGGUCACUGGUAA